CUGACUUCCUAAAAGCACAUUCCCCUGCUGCUGCUUCAAGCUGUCUGGGUGAAGCUAUGUGACUCUGCCUGCCGCUGAGGGUGCAGACGGAGUACACUCUGAAUGUCUCCUGCCCCAGUCAUACUUUCACUUUCACAGCGCAGGAUCGGACACUGAACAACUUGUAGAUGUCCCGGAUGGAAACGGACAGUCUACUGACCGGGAAUAUGAACGGAGCGUCCGGGGAUUAUGGCUCCUCGUCGGGCACAGAGGACCGAGGUUCCCCGGGCAACAGGCGGAUGUCGUACAGUGUCGCCGGGCAGUCGUGCAGUGUCGAUAGGACCCCAGGUGAUGAGGAGCUCUACCUCCAACAAGCUGUGGUAUUUAUCGAGGACGCCACACAGUACCGGUCUAUAAACCACCGGGUGGACGCCCGCUCCCUCCGCCUGUAUCGCUGGUACUACUCCAGGAUAUGCCAGUGGUUCCUGGGCCUCACCAUUGCGGUGUUGUUGUUGCUGGCGUUUGUGGAGCGGCCCUCCUCCCUGUCCAUCUCCUCGGACCCCCGGUUCCGCUCCCCCGCCUGGCAGCCCCCCUGCGGCUUCACUGAGAGCUUCGAGAUAGUCUGCCUCCUCAUCUUCUGUCUGGACCUCGCUGUGAAGAGCUACCUGAUUGGCUGGGAGGAAUUUAGAAAGAACAAAUGGCUGAUCGCCUACACAGCAGUCAUUGUGUUCUCCGUCAUCGACUGGGUGCUCUCUGUCAGCAUGGUGUGUGAUGAGAGACUUAGAGUGCGGCGACUCCUCCGGCCCUUCUUCCUCCUGCAGAACUCUUCCCUGAUGAAAAAGACGCUGAAGUGCAUCAAGAGGACUCUUCCAGAGAUUGCCAGUGUCAUCUUGCUGCUGGCGCUCCACCUCUGCCUCUUCACCAUGAUCGGCAUGCUGCUGUUUGCUAAAAGCGAGGAUCCGAAGCGGAACGGGCAGUGGGAGUUACAUUUCAAGGACUUCUCCAGCUCUCUCACCUCUCUGCUGGUGCUGCUCACCACAGCCAACAACCCUGAUGUGAUGAUCCCUGCCUACUCCCUGAACAGAGGCUACUCCGUUUUCUUUGUGAGCUUCAGCGUGAUUGGAACCUACUGCCUGAUGAACCUACUGACAGCCAUCAUCUAUAACCAGUUCAGGGGCUAUUUACUGAUGUCGGUCCAAACGUCCAUCAUCAGGAGACGCCUCGGGAUCCGAGCUGCUUUCCAAAUCCUCUGCUGCCAGGGAGCGGAAAGGGCUGCUGAGGAGGGUGUGGCUGUCGAUGUGAUGCUGAACGUGAUGUCCAGGGUCCAGAUGAAGAGCUACUACAGAGCAGCUAUCACUAAGGAGGUUCAGCAGUAUGCAGAUGUUGGCUACAUGGAUAGAGAGCAGUUCAGGAAGAUAUUUGAUGAACUGGAUAAAGAUCGCAUUAAGGAGCACCCUCCUUUGCCCGGGUACAACUCUCCAGUCCUGCAGAGACUCCAGAAUGUCUUCAGUCACUACUAUCUCACUAUCCUCGGCAACGCGGUGGCUCUGGCCAAUGUCAUGUCCAUAUGUACCAUCCUGGUUCUGAACUCUGAUAAGUCUACAGCAGAGAGAGACAACUACAUCAUGGAGAUCAUCAACAUGUGCUUCAUCCUGUAUUACCUGUUUGAAAUGUGCAUGAAAAUCUUUGCCUUCGGAUGGAAAGGGUACCUCUCCUACAGGAACAACAUCUUUGACGGCUUCCUCACCAUCCUGCUCCUGCUCCUACAAAUCACUAUAUAUAUCACCUACAGGCUUCCUUAUUCUCAAUGGGAUCCAUCCUCUCAUGGUGUGAUGUCUCUGUGGGAGAUGGUGCGUCUGAUCAACAUGCUGAUUGUGGUCCGCUUCCUGCGCAUCAUCCCAGACAUCAAGCUCAUGGCUUUGGUUGCGAGUACACUGUUGGACCUGCUGAAGAACUUCAGAGCCUUUGCAGGGAUACUAAUGGUGGUGUUCUAUGUGUUUGCUGUGAUUGGGAUCUGGCUGUUUGAAGGAGCCAUCAAACCUCCUCCAAGUAUGAGUGGGCUCUCUAACUCCUCCAUGGAGAACAUCUCCAACUUCAGCAUGGAGUGUGGCACCUAUGAGCAGCUGGGCUACUGGCCCAAUAACUUUGAUGACUUUGGUGCGUCCAUCGUGUUGCUCUAUGAUGUCAUGAUAGUCAACAACUGGCAGGCCUUCAUGGAUGCAUACAGCAGAUACACCACUGAGUGGUCAAAGAUCUACUUUGUGUCUUGGUGGCUCACCUCCUCUGUCAUGUGGGUCAACCUGUUUGUGGCGCUCAUCUUAGAGAACUUCAUCUAUAAAUGGGACCGCAGUCACAGCUGCUCUGUUACAGAUGUGGAGAGGAUCAGAUAUGAAACAUCUGUUCAACUCAUGUUCAGAGAGCAGAUCAAGGAGCCCACUGAAGAGGAGUUACUAUGCCAACUACACCAACACCCUCACCUACACCUGCACUGGUGACACACAUUGUGUGCCAAUUCCAUAGUAUUCAAUAAUAAAUACUAUAAAGUAUUUUCCCAGGGCUUAAUAAUACAGCAUUGUCCCCCCCCCCCUUCACUACCAUUGGGGUUUCCAGGUCAGUCUUCUUAAUGUAAACCACUCAGAUUCAGGAGGUUUUUAGCUUUCAAAUGUGGCGUCUUGCAUUGUAUUUGCCCAACCAUAAAGAGCCAAGUAUAUUGUCUUACUUCACAAUGGUUGAAAAAUGUAUGCAUGUACUGCUGCUUAACAUGGGAAUAACAUGUAUGAUGCUUGCUUAUCUUUCAUUUAAAGGUGGGGUAGGUAAGUUUGAGAAACCGGCUCGAGAUACACUUUUUGUUAUAUUUUUGUUAUAUUCCAUCCCGAUAGCAAUAAAUAUCUGAAGUGCUUUGACAAAAAAUCCAUAACAAAAAUUAAUCUGUGGAAGCCGUAGUGCUAUAAAAAGCAUGACCAAUCAUCUGAGCCGGCCCGGCUAAAAUAACCUGCCUGUCAGCCUUCCAUCUGUGCACAACCUUAUCUCGUGCCCUCAUUGGUCAUGUGCGCGUUCGUGUGUGUUGGAGGAGGGGCUCUGGAAGGAAGUGGCAGAUUUUUUCCGGUUGUGUAUUUCAAAUUCCAGCGCACUCGAGCUGGUUUCUCCAAAAUUACCUACCCCACCUUUAAGCAGUUGUUCCAGCAUUAAAAUAUAAAUAUAACAUGGGAACUCAGGUGUUAGGUGUAUUCACCAGCUUUUGAAAAAUCAGAUCUCGUUGCUUUUGACAAAACCAAAAACAUGUGUCCAUUAUGUUCUGCCGUGUAGAGCAUGUCUAAGUUAUCUCUUUGUACUUGUGAGGGAUCAUUCUUGAAGGGUUAUUGUGGUUUCUUCUCUGUAGUGCAGUAAGUAAGAAAAUAAUGACGCCAGAACAUUUAUUGAGAGACGUGCAUGUGUAUUCUGGGUAAGGAUGGAGGCUGCUUGUCUACUUCUAAAUACUUUGCAGAGGGGUAUUUUAUGUAACGUAUUUAGAUGUGUUUUAAACUGGAAUGCUGGAUUUUUGUGUUCUAGAGAGGACACAGUUCUAGCAAGAAAACAACAGGGAUUUCCUUUUUUUUAUUGAAAGCGAUUUGUAUAGAGAAGUUGGAAUGCCAUUUUAUUAUAUUUGUAUUAAGUUGAGAUACAGUUUGUAGGCUACAAUACAACUCUUUAUACAAGAUUGACAAAUAGAUUUUAAAUAAAUAUUUUGAAGACUUCAUUUAGUAUGUUAUGGUUUUUUCGCACAUUACUUUGGGGCAUCACCUUUCUUUCAGUUUAAAAUGAGUCUGUUUUACUAGUAGCCUAUUACUGCAUUAUAAACACACAAACACAUACUCCCAAUGUACCAAAAUUAAAUUCAAAGAAGGUGCUGCUGAACUGGUUAGUUUUAUUUCAGUAGAAAUGUCCAAAAGAGCAAUACUUUCAAAAUAAAUAUGCAUCACAAUUUUAGUUUUCAGCUUUCACGCUGAGGCUACUACAGUGGACAGCUUUUCAAAAGGUGUUUUCUUGUAAAUGCAUGGGUUUUGAUGGCAUAGUUGCACCAUCAGCCACUACAUAGGACCCUAUUGCAUCAUCCCAUACACUGCCACUCAGUGGAAAGUCAGUGCAAGUGCAUGAUACAUGUCUAAAGUCUAAACCAAGAUGGACGACAGAAAGCCACAUGGACCGAACCGAAUCACUCCAUCCAUGAAUCACUCGCAUGGAUGUAUGAUAAAAAUCACUCGUCGAUAUCUUGCCAAUCCUUUUAUGGAAAGCGCCCCCUGCAGGUAUAACAAUGUUGGUGACAUCAAGUAACAACUAAGGAAUCAUUUAAUUUAAAAUGUUAUUAUAAUGUAAUUUUAAGUUUGCACAUCUUUGUUUAUAAUUUUUGUCUUCAGUUCAAACUUUAACCCAUACUGUCCACCUGAGCGGACAUAUAAAACAUUUUUUUUUCUAAAUUUGAAAAAACUAGAUAAAAAGAAACUAAAGUUCAAAUCUUGUUUUUCAUGCCCCAAGAGCAAUAAAAACACUUGGUAAAAAAA